AUGUGCUUAAUAUAUAAUGUUUUCCCCACACAGAUGUGCUUAAUAUAUAAUGUUUUCCCCACACAGAUGUGCUUAAUAUAUAAUGUUUUCCCCACACAGAUGUGCUUAAUAUAUAAUGUUUUCCCCACACAGAUGUGCUUAAUAUAUAAUGUUUUCCCCACACAGAUGUGCUUAAUAUAUAAUGUUUUCCCCACACAGAUGUGCUUAAUAUAUAAUGUUUUCCCCACACAGAUGUGCUUAAUAUAUAAUGUUUUCCCCACACAAAUCUGUUCAACAUAUAAUUUCUUCACUACACAUAUGUAUUUAAUAUAUAAUGUUUUUUCCCUCCACAAAUGUGGUUAA